GGGUAAUAGCCCUAAUAGCACUUAAUUAUGAUAGAUACAUGGACAGGAAAUCAUUUGAUUCAAUAAUGAACUUUCGAUGAUGGUUAAUCAUAAAACGGUUUCAUAAAUCACCGACAAGGCAUUAUGAUCUAAAGUCUCAUGAGUGUCAGUCUCGUCCGUAACUUAAUGUCACUUGCUCUCAACACUAAUGGCUUGAUUUAAUAAGUCAACUUAUUGUAUAAUUGAAAUGGUAACUAAGGCAAUCAACUAGUACGAAAUUUAAGUCCAGUUUCUGAAUCGAUUUGUUCAGCCGUAUGAUGGGUUCACGGUCAGUGAUUGAUUUAAUUUCGGGUAUUUCGGUUACGAAAUCGAAACACGCGAUCUGGCAUUGAAAUUGGAUAAGUGAUGUGAACUCGAUUUUGAUUUUAAACAAUGUAUCAGCGCUAAAUUGCAUUUUCCUGUGAAUUCCAAACAAAUAGAGGCUAGAAGUUCAGGUUGCUACAGUUCUAAUACGUAGAUUUUCGAAAGAUGUUCUUUAUUUUAAAAUAUUCUAAAAUUUUCUUGAUUAAUUUGUUUCGUUUAAAGAGAACCAGCUCUUUAAAACUUCCUUACUCUUCCACAAACCAGUGCAACUUGAUAGUAGACUAUUAAUUAGGAACGCCCUCAACCAUGACAGCCCCGAGCAUAUCUAUCUACAUAUGGGCUAAAUUUAAACUUCAGUCCCCGGGGAGCGCGACAUAUGGAGGACGUAAUGUUAUGAAAGGGUAGCCUUGGAACCGAAUGACAGAAAGAGCUGGUUUCUCCAGAGCGCAUUCUCCAAUGGAACUGAAUCUCCGGUUGCCCUUAAAAGCUUCGCAUAGUUUUAGGAAAACUUUGCAAUCGGUUGCCGCUUUUCCAAAGGAAGCGCUCACACUCGAAUGUCCAAAGGCAAAUAUUUACCCAGCAGAAACCAAAACAAAUCUGGCAACUGAAUAACCAACGCGAAACCCAGACAGAAACUCGUUUUCAGACCGCGGCUCCCGCGACAUUUUUGCGGCCUGAAAUAACUUAGCCCGAGAGUCAAGUCGUGUUGGAUCGGUUUUUGGGCGAGUCGAACGGAGCGCGAGCUCGACUUGAGCCAGUGACUCAUUUGCGUUUUUGCAAUGCCUGGCUGCAGUUCGUCGGGGGUGGAAAGCCCACUGGAUGCUACCAAGCGCAAGAAGCUUAAAUCGCGAACCACAUCUGCCGAAAUGCAGGCAGCAGCUGCGGCAUCUCCCAUCAAUCAAAAUAAUUCGGGCAAGAUCAGCAGGGGCGGUGUCAGCUACUCCAAGGACCAUCUUGAUGCCUGGCUGGAGAACUGCCUGCGGGAUGCCACGAACGCCCAGUUGUCGUCUUCAUCUGAGUUUUUGGACUUUAUACCGCCUACAGCAACUGUUCCUAAGCCCAUGUUCGUGAGUCAGGCGGGAGCUCAGCCUCAACAACAGCAGCAGCAACAGCAGCAGCAACAGCAGCAACAACAUCAGCAGCAACAGCAGCAGCAGCAACAACCAUUUCCAAUGCGUGCACAGCCGUACGGAAUGGGCACAGGCACGCCCUUCAGCCUGGGGAUUCAGCGCCAAUCUCACUCCCUCUCGCAUCGAUACCCGAUGCUCUUCCCACCCCAAAGCUUCAACGGCUACGGCAUGGGCUACGCCGGGGAUAGUGGACAGGAGUUUGCCAGUUUGCCGCCACUGGUCAAUAUGAUGGGGAGUGGGGGUGGUGGCGGAGGUGCUAGUUCGGAGCACGAACCCAAUUCCACAGACGUGUUGGACGGAAGCGGCAGCAAUCCUAAUUUCAGCAGAGGCUUUCGAUUCAGCGACCCCUGCCUGCUGAACCCCUCCGACAAUGACUCCAAGGUGAGCGGCCACAAUACCCCGGACUGUCGCAACGGCAACAUAGGCGGCAGUGCCUGCGAUCUGGCGCAGCAGAACCAGUUCUUCGCGGCGCUGAUGGAGCAAAUAAAGAUACUGCACGACACCAAUUCCAGGAUCUGUCAAAACCUGCACGAAACAAAAGUCGAUAUUGAAGCCUUAAAGCACGCUCCUUUUGGUCAUCCCUGGACGCCGUCCGGCGUUGGGGGCAUGCGGCACCGUAGAGAUAGCUUGAGCGGAUUGAGCACCCAAAGUCAACCGUUGGUUUUUGGCGGGGGACUAGGCGGGACGCACAGCCCGGCGCCCACCUUCCAUUCAGGUGCAUACACACCUGGCAUGAUGACCGAAGUGGUGCGAGAGGUUAAGGAGGCGGCUCGCGUACGAGAAGAUGCACUGCUCAGCCGGGUUAAAUCGAUGGUCGAGGAGCGGCAGUGGAGCUUGAACGAGGGAAACGUUCGUAUUCUCCGGGACAUUGACGAACUCAAGUCGCAUGUGAUGCAGUUGCGCCUGGAGCGGAAGGAGACGAACAAGCGCCUGACGCACCUCGAGGCGGAGAACAAGUACCUGCGCCAGGCCCUGGCCAGUUGCUACAACCAGCGCCCGUCCUAUCAAGACAUUAUCUACGAAAAUGAUCGAGCUCGGGGAGCUCGGAAGCCUUUCCCGAAUGGAGGUGGAGCAGUAACGCGACGAGCGCACUCCUUCAAUCUCCACUACGGAACUGUGCAUCAGACGCCGGCCCAGGCCACGCAUUCGCUGGAGGAGGACGACGAGGGGGAGGAGGAGCACGUACAGGAGCAGGCCGAGCUGGACAGUGAAGUGCAAUCGGUGGUCACCAACAAGCGACUGUCCUGCUCCAGCAACGAGUCGCGCAGCAACGGAAUGCCAACGCCACCAACCAAGCUACACUCGCAGCCCGCCACGCACGAGGGCGGUCCGCAGUCAGUGAGGAGUCCGCCGUCGUUUGCCCUGAUUUCGGACCAAGUGGAUCCGUCGCAUCCUCCUCCCCUGCUGCCGCGCAAAAAGGAACACGCCCAGAUCAAGCGAGAGCUCAGCGAAGCUGCCGCCGCACGUAAGGAGGCAAAUCAACGUAUAAUUGCCCUUGAAAAAUUGGUUAAAGACCUAGGCGCCCAGGUGGCCAUGGCUAGCAGCGCUCCAGCUUCAGCACCAGUUGCACCAGCGGCAGCCCUGACAACGAAAUUCAGCGUGGCAGAUGGACCGGUCACUGACUUAUAGUUUUAGCUGCCGGCCACCCCGGGUUCGAGCUCGAACAGCCAGCGACGGGUGCGCUCAGUGCGCGUCACUUACUUAUAGCAACCGGAUCGGCGGAAAUGGCCAGCUCGACGAACCUCCAUCUUUCGCUUUAAAAUUAUUUAUAACUCAAUAACCUGUGCAUAGGCCAGAAACUAAAUCAUCCAACUCAUCGUGCAAAAUCAGAGUCCGUAGGCUAGCACAAACAAUGUUUCCAUAACCCUCCCCCCUUAAAUUGUUACUAAAACUAAAACUCAACUAGAGGUCUUAGGAGUAAUUAAAACUAACUGAAAAAUAAAAACGUGUACCUAUACUGAGAUGAACAAAAAUCAAAUCUAGAUCGUACCGACGACGAAUAAUUGUUAACUUACGAGAAUGUUGAAUGCUUAAAGAAGUAAAGUUGGAAGUCUAACUUUGUAUAGUUAUAUACCAUACUUGUUAAGUGCCAUUCGAUUAA